ACCGCAGUGCGCUCUGCUGCUGCCUGUCAUCGCUGUCAAACAAUCCAAUAUGGCGAUCGGAAAGGUGCGCCGUGCGCAGCCUCUCGCACGCCAACAGUUUUAGUUUUGUUUUUCCGGUUGCUUAGAAAGCAGGUAGAUUAUGUUUUUGGAAAAAUACAGAAUUUAGCUGGAACAAUGAUGACGUAUUGUUUUGUGACAUUGAGCUGUAAACAACCCAUCUGAGCAACGAUGUGGGAACUGCCUGCUGAAGGAAUGUAAGCUGCGUGUGAAAGCAGAUACAUACGCAACGAUCCAAACGACCACGACCCGAUGACCAAAGGAAUUGCGCUUUUUUUACCGAGCUCCGAGUGCAAAUAAAACUGCCUUCCAAUUAAUGCAACACUGUAGUGAUAUUCAAAAUGUGCGUCACGUGGAAAACGGUUAUGGUUUUCACCCUGGUUCUGCCGUGUUUGGGGGCUGGUGGCGAUUGGCCUGUGGAAGAUACGGACAAUUCUAUACUUACGUCCGGCUACAAAGAGUACGAGUACGAGCUAACGCAAGCGCACAAUCUAUACCGCCAAGACGUUCUGCAAAAGUCGUGCCAGUACAACAUCUCGGACGAUGUCGUGGAACGGUUGGAAAAGCUGAAACAAAUUCCCACGGACCAUCUGCUGAUCGAUCGUGAGCACAAGUUCCUGUACUGUUACGUUCCAAAGGUUGCAUGCACCAACUGGAAGCGUGUCAUGAUGAUAUUGAUAAGCAAAUGGAACGGCACGGAUCCAUUACAAAUUCCUGCUGAUCUGGCACAUUCGUCCGGAAUGUUUGAGACGUUUCAAUCGCUGGACGAUGAGGAAAAAAUCGCUGUGCUGUCAGACUACAACCGAUUCGUGUUGGUUCGGCACCCGUUCGAACGGCUACUGUCUGCCUUUCGCAAUAAGCUGGAGGGAAACUCCAAAAGUGCCAAAUACUUCCAGGCUCGCAUUGGCAGGACCAUCAUCAAAUCGUUUCGACUGCACGCCACCAACGAAUCACUCACCAAUGCCGACGAUGUUACGUUUAAUGAAUUCGUACAGUACUUACUUACGCCGGAGCUGAGCAAAAGUGGCAACAUGUCGUUUAACGAACACUGGGAACCGAUUUCGCACCUGUGCCACCCCUGCCUGGUCCACUACAACGUGAUAGGCAAAUAUGAAACGUUGACGGAUGAUUCCUCUCUAGCGCUGCAUCUGGCCGGUGCGAACGGGUUAAGCUUCCCGACGGUAUACAAAUCGUCCAGCACGCGGGAGCGCUUGAAGCAUUACUUUAACGACAUUCCAUCGGAAACCCUGAAACGGUUGUAUUUACUCUACGACGAGGAUUUUAGAAAUUUUGACUAUAGUCUAGAGGAAAUAUUUGGUUACGAGCUCGUUUGAGCGUUGGGCGAGUUCCCUAGGUUUACUUACACGUUGGCUCUCGUAUUUUUGUACUAACCUUUUUUUUUUAUUGUUGUUAAGGGAUACCGGUGUACUUACAAAGUAAACAGGGAGGUAGUGGCAGCUAGCUAAGGUACAGUUAAGGUUGCAGGACAAUACAUGUGAUAUUAACAUUAAAUGUGAAACUUUUGUUGACAAUAAUUCAAACAAAGCAAUAAACAUACUUAUUGAUAUUCGUGCAUACAGUUUAA